AUGUCUUCUUGUGGACGCAGAUCAUUUGACGGAGGUUGCUGCAGGGACGAGGCGAAAAUUGUCCGGUGUGCGAUGACAGCCUUGGAAAAAAUGAGGGAUAUGUUUCAAAUGGUACAAACCUCAGCUUCGGAUAAUUCUUCACCCGAAACACUUAUUGGCGGUCACCAAGACAUCGGUUGCUCCAUGAACGAAGGAUGUUUGAUUCAAGGCUGUCCUUUCCGCAGAGAUACAGAGUUCACACCAAAUACUUUGUGGAAGCUGUGCGCCAAGGAAAGAUCUUCGGCAAUGAACCCUAGGAAGGAUAAGAACGCCAUGAGACUGAAGCCUGGCGAAGUGGGUCUGCGGGACGACCGCGCCACGUUCCACUUGGGCUUGGGCAGGGAUAGCGGCGGCAUCAGCAAGGGUGCGACUGGCCGGGACGGACGGCCAACUGGAGCCGUUUACUAUAAUAUGGGGCCGAAGUCGGUGGACGGUGCGACCGCGAAGAACAUUUUUCCGCAGCGGAAGCACGUGAAACGAGCGUUGCCUCCGCUGCCGGUGUCCACUGACCCGCUCGUGGGACCGGUCACCGGGUUGCCGAUCAGUAGGGACGAACACAUUAUGGUAUUGCGGCUGGGCAAGCGGCACAACGAGCCCGAUGACAUGGCCCGUUUGCAGAUCGAGGUACGCCUGCCCAAGGAAUUCGUAAAGCCAGUGGAAGCCAGUACGCAGUUCCAGGAAGAGGACUACCGGCCGGCCGCACCAACUUUGGAACCCGUGGUCAACGUGUCCAAGAAUAAAAAAGAGAAAAAAAAAGGUGGAAAAAAGGGCAAAAAGUGA